UAUUUGCUGACUUACCGAAGACGUUCAUUCAAGGUUGUUAAGAUAUUUGCUGACUUGUCGAAUAAGUUCAUGUAGACGAACAAGAGUGCAGUACAGUUGGAAAUUGUUUAACACACUUGGUUUUGGAAGAGAAAAACUUUCCAAAUAGUAUUCAUGUACUUAUGACAAAGCAUCUGUAUUUUAUUAAGCAAGUAAAGACCAUAAACUAUGAUUAGUUAUGCAACAACUUCAACCUUUGAAGAAUUUUUAAUCGCAAAUGUCUCUUUCUAACGAGGGUGUUCUUCAACAACCAUGAGCAACUAAGGAAGUAUAAACGUUUUAGGCACCCCUACUGUGUGGGGGAGCCAAUUGCAUUAAAGGACCAUAACCUGGACAUUCUAGAAGCAGAAGUUGUCCGUGUUGACCAGUGUUACACGUUGUUGUAUUCACUUAGUCUAUUAUACAUUGUGUGAUAAAGUUUUAUAGCUGUUUGUUUAUAUACUUUGUUAGAGAAAAAGAAACUAAUAGAAAGAUUUUGGUAUGCAGCAAAUUUUUAUGUAACUGUGAUAAUCUACCCAAUCUGUGUCAAAUACUCAUUGGUAGAGCAGAAACUUUUCUGGUGCUUCCAGUUGCUUUACUCUGUGAUACUGAAAGGAAAAAUACCAAGAAUGUGCCUUUUUCUGGAUUGAACCAUAGUGUUUCCAUCAUGAAUCUGUACCAAGAAGUCAAACAUGUACCUGAUUGUAUACCAAGGUGUCGCUCUAACACACAUGGAGCACAGAUUGUAGCAGCCACCAUUAGAGGCACUACAGCAGAGGUACAAGCUUAUUAUAGAUGGCUCUGUUAUAACUUUGCCUUUGCCACUGAUUGCUGGGGUAGAACUGCCUUGCAUAUGGCAGCAUCUUGUGGUAAAUGGGAAGUGGUGGAAUGGCUUAUACAUAAGUGUCACUCAGACUUAGAUGUACGAGACAAAGAGUCGGGAUGGACUGCUUUACAUCGUAGUUUGUUCUAUGGACAAUUGUCUGUAGCAAGGAUUUUGUGGAAGAAUGGAGCCAGUUUACGUAUUACUGACCAUGAAGGACUAAUACCUUUGGAACUAAUCAUGAAGGAUAGGCUUCCUUAUGUGGAGUAUACACCAUCAGAUUUAUCAGAAAUUUACGUUUGGGGAUCUAACACAAACUUUAACCUUGGUAUGGGAAAUGGCCAGAGUAGGACUUACCCAGAAAUUUUAGAAAACUUUCGCAGAGACUCGGUUUACAUCAAACAGGUGGUUAUGUGUAAAUUUCAUACAGCUUUUCUAAGUACAAGAGGAAAAGUGUUUACAUGUGGUCAUGGUCAUGGUGGUAGGCUUGGUCAGAAUUCUGAACAGACAGCAUUAACACCAUCUGCUUUGCAUGGGGUUGGAGAAAGCCAUUUCAUAGAAGUAUCUGCUGGUCAAGACCAUUUGGUACUCCUGUCAGAGGGGGGUCAGAUUUGGACUUGUGGAUUAAAUACCUAUCACCAGCUAGGAGUCUCACCCCCACCAGAACGUGUUUUGUCUCCCCGUCAGUUAUCCUUAAAAUUCCUUAAAGGAAAAGAGAUUGUAGGAGUGUGUGCUGCCCGAUUUCAUUCUGUUUUGUACACUAAAGAUGCAGUGUUUACUUUUGGGUUGAAUGCGGGUCAGUUAGGACAUCCAAAAGGUGAUAGAACUCAGAUUUUACCUCGACAGGUAGCUGGUCUUGACCACCAAAACGUACAAAUAACGCAUGUUGCAGCCAGUGAUGGUGCCACAGUAUGUGCUACUAGAAAGGGUGAUGUUUAUGUACUUCACGAAUACCAGUGUCGGAAAAUUGCCUCAAGACAGUUAGAAAUUCAGAAGCUGUCCAUUGUUGGAGGUCAUUUGGAUGCUCACUGUGAUGUAGCUGGAGUGACUGCUGGUGGGGGUCUGGAACUAAGAGUUGUCCUGCUGACCAAAUCUGGAAAGAUCUACAUCUGGAAAGAAUCUGCUCUGGCUCUCACUAGAUGCUUAUUUACCAUUGGAAGACAGUUACUUAUCUCUGAUGUUCAGGUCAAUCAUUUUAAUAUUGCCAUGGUAACUAAAGAUGGAGAAGCCUUUCUAGGUAAUAUUAUUGGUGGUCGUGAGCGUCAGCGCAAGACCUCAGAAAGUAGCACAACAAAUGUUGUUGGAACUAAAGUAAACAACUCGUCAACACCACUUGUUCAAUUACUGGAGAAGGAGGAGUGUGAACUGGUCCGUGUGAAAAGAUUACCCCAUGUCCAUAGAGCAGUCUCUAUCUCUUGUGAUUCAAAGGGAAGGAAUUUUGCUGUCUUGCAGUCCCAUCCAAAAACAGGCUUGAUUGAAAUUCCUUCUGUGCUACCAUCUCAUAUGUUACAAGACAUGAAGAGUCUUUUAGAAGAAACAGACUCCUCAGAUCUGAUCCAUGAUGUCGUUAUUAAGGUUGCAGACAGGGAAUAUUCUGUACACAGAUACAUUUUGGCUUCUCGCAGUGAGUUUUUUCGGAAGCAGUUUCAGUCUGCAGAUCCAUUAUCGUAUAUUUUUUUGGACAAGAUUCAGCCAUGGAACUUUGAGCAAGUACUACAUUUUAUUUACCAUAAUACCUGUGAUCUUCUAGUUGAUGGAAAAGAGGUUUACUCAAGGAAUUCGUCAAACCAGUCGGAUGUAAAAAUGUUCAAGAAUCUUGAAUAUACCAUUGACUCCGAUUUUGACCCACACAAAGUUUCUGCUAUUAAGGUUGUUAAGCAAAAGAAGCACAGUAAGAAGUCUAGAAACAAAGUUGAAGCUGAAGAUUUAAAUGAAGCUUUGUCGAAAACCAGUGACCCUAUCAAAUGUGUUCAAGACACAAGCCUUAGACUGGGAGUUAAAACACUCUCCAAAAGACCAGAACUCUAUGAUGUUUGUCUAUUAUCUGAAGAUAAGGUUGAGUUUCCUUGUCAUCGCUGUGUCUUAGUGGCUCGUUUGGACUACUUUCGGAGCAUGUUAGGGAGUGGGUGGAUUGAGACGAACCUUACUGAUUCUUUGCCUCUUCCAAUCCCUUCAGAAAUAUUAGAAAUUAUUGUAGAAUAUAUGUACACAGAUGAAGCUCCAAAAGUAUUUGCAUGUGAAGAUCCAGAAUUUGUAUGUAAUGUUCUUGUCAUAGCAGACCAGUUAUUGAUUACACACCUAAAGUCCCUGUGUGAAGUUGCACUGACAGAUCUGAUUACUCUCCGUAAUGUUGCAGAACUCUUACAACUGUCUUACACCUACAAUGCCGACCAGCUUAGAGCUGUGUGUCAACAGUAUAUCUGUAUCAACUUGGCUGCAGUGUUAGAAAAUGGGAGUCUGGAUGUUGUGGAUGAUGAAGUUAUGGAAGAUCUGACCAAAAGUUACCAAAACCUGAUACCAGCAAUGUGCAUGAGAAAAAUUACUCCAUACACAGAGGGCCCAACAAGUGACGAAUUAGAGAAAAUAGCCCAACAAUAUUGCAUAGAUGCUGAUGAGGAUGUUCCUCCUCCUAACACUUUAGGUUUCCGACAGCAAGAAGCGAAAGCCAAAGCUAAAAGAAAAUCUCAGUCACAUAAACCUAAUGAUCUGAAAGAACGGCAGAAGUGUGAAUCUACAUCAUCAGAGCUAGAACCUGUUGUCCAAAGUCUGCCUUGCCUGAGUAUAUUGGCUGAAUCAUUUGAAAAAAUGGAAAAUAUGACAAAUAUAGAUGUCAGCAGUAAUCAUUCACCAUCUGAUCUAUCUGAGAAUUGUGGACCUCUAUCUCCCUCUUGGUCUAAGACUUGCAGUCCACGAGAUCCUCAGUAUGUUCCUUCUUUCAAGGAUAUUAUGCUCGAACAAGAGGAGAAUCGGAGAACAAUAUCUGAAAAAGGACUGAGCCCGAACUCGGAGAGUAAAAAGAUAGGACGGUUAUCCCAAAAACAGAAGAAGAAAUUAGCCAAUACACACCAAGUUGUGGUCAACAAGGCUCCCAUUACUACUCCCACUCAAAGCUCAGUACCAGUAUCACCUAAAGAAAAUGUUUGGGGAAUACCGUCAACAACCAGGUUUCAACAAACAGCAUGUUCUGAAGGAUCAUGGAGUUCAUUGUCACACUUCCCUAGUCUUUUGGAAUCAAAACAUGAAAACCUAUCAGGAUUAAAAGUUACUCCAAAAUCAGAGACUUUAAAAACUUCCAACUGUAGCAAAGACCAAGAUACAGAAGCAGGAGAAGUUAGCAAUCCUUGGCAGAGAGGAAGAACUGCCCCGGAUGUACCUAACUUGCAGGAGAUCCAACAAGCUGAAGAAGCUCAACAACAAAGUAGUGUAAAAUCACGUAGCAAACCACUGAACUUAAUCCAUCUGGAAGACCAAGCCAUUGAGGAAUUGUUGAAUUUUUAUCAUGCCAAAGACAAUCCAGAAGAAAGAAUUACUGUACAGAGAGUGUUACCCGAGCAGGUAGCUGCCCCAAUAUGGAAGAAAAACUAAUAACAUUUAACUGAAACUUUUCAGUGUUUCUUCUAUGUAUAUUACUUUGUGUUUGAAAUUAAGCUUAAUGUAGGACAGUGUUAUCUUUCAAAAAAUCUUCUUAGCUACAAAGUGAGAACAUUUGAGCAAGAAUACCUGAUGAUUGGGAUGCAAAAAGAAAUUUGUAAAACCUUUACUGAUACAGACAUCACCAGUGCUUGUAUGGAUGAUUAUAUAUAUAUAUAUAUAUAUAUGUACUUUAGAAUCUUUGGAAACAUUGGCUUAACAGAUGUUAAAGUGAGAAACUUGGGAAUAUCAAUAAAUGUGACAGUGUUAUUUUAUUUUUAUUUGACAACGUAACCAACUAUUGCUGAUUUGGUCAGUAACUGCUAGUAUAUUGUUAUUUUACUAACAGUCUGUAUCUGCAGUACAUGGUUAUUAAUAUGUUACUGGUAAUAUGACAAUUUGAUUUUGUCAGCUAGUGAAUGAAAUUUUGAGAUUAUAUGUAAUUUGUAAUUAUGAAAGUUUGAAAAACUAACCAGUUUAUAAAAAUUGGUGACUUAUUUUUAGCACCUUGCAAGAUGUUGAAGAUGAGAAAGCCACAUAUUUUGGAGUUAGUAUAAGUUAUAAAGUUACAACAUGUAGGGAACUCGUAAUACAAUGGUAGUACAUUUUAUUUUCCCUUCUAAUGUUUUCUGUUUUGUUGGGCCUAAAAUUUUUUGGCUGGACUCUAAAGCUUAAUGUAAAAAUUGUUUUGUCUGAAUAAAAGAUCGUAUUCUGUACAACAUUUUUACUAUA